AUGGAGUGGAAUCACUCACGCUACCAACCCUCUAGAGGCCAUUCAACGUUUCUGCAUCAACCGCUUCGGCCACGAUACUGGUACUACGACAAUGAAGACGAAGAAACUCAACAAGCCUGGCAGCGUGAUGCAUCUCCGCAAUCAAACCGGUACACAAAUAACGAGUUAGCCUCACCUCCGCCGAUUCCCUCGCUCAAAAUUGAGACUUCUGAUGCGAGUGGCGACAAUGGGAAUGGUGGCAUGCUGCUUCAGUCGUUCAGCUCACUGGGUAUGCCGCAGUUUGAAGACUCGACCGAGAUCCAGUCAUUCUUUUUGCCCCAGAAUCCUGCGUUUACGGUCAAUCAAGGUCUAUCGCCAAGUUUGCCCCCACUGCCUUCCCAAAUCCAGCAGUCGGACCAGCAAUAUGGUGCGCAACUCCCAGUUCAGCUCUCUUCGCAGUUUUCCGAGUUUACAGCAGAGCCGGGAAACUAUUACCCGCCACCAAUGCCGAUUCCUCCAUUACCAACGCCUCAGGUUGCUACCAGAUCGUCCGUGGACUAUUUUCCUGAAGGUAUUUCAAUUCUACACAGCGUGCAAGAUUCAGCGCCAACACUGACGCCGAGUUUCGGCUCAUUGGAGCAAACGCAACAACAGCAACCGCAGGUCACAAUGGAAGAUCAGAGUGGGGAUGACAAUAGUGCCAUUCAUGAUGCAAGUCAUAGUAUGUUUAAUGCGCAACUACUAAUGACCCCCACCGACAAAGACACCUCGCUGCAAACGUCGCUGUCGCUUCCGAUGGUGAACUUCCCUGCUCGACCAAGCUCCAGCAUCAGCGAUGACACACCACCAGAUUAUUCCCCUGUGAUUGCACCGAUCGGUCGAGCCAAGCGAGGAAGUGGAUUAAGCGAACCGUUUACCGAAAUGGCUACAGCACAAGAGCCCAAAUUCUCACCGGACAAACGCAAGUUAUGCUGUGUGGAAGGGUGCAAAAGUCAAGCUCGAGCCUUUAACCGUUGCAAGCGCCACGGCGGAUCGAAGCGCUGUUCAAGUCCAGGUUGUACCAAGAGUGUGCAGAGUCGCGGGCUUUGCAUCCGCCAUGGCGGUGGCUCUCGAUGUCAGGAGCCUGGCUGCACUCGAGCGUCGCAGAGCCACGGACGCUGCAAAAUGCACGGCGGUGGACGCCCAUGCGUCGUGGCUGGCUGUGAGAAGAAGGCUCAUUUGAAAAGACUGUGUCGUCGACACGGUGGCGGUGCCAAGUGCUGUGUGUCGGGGUGCGAGAAGUGGGCUCAGCGCCAGGGUAUGUGCAUGACGCACUCCAAGGUGGUGGCAACGCAGCCUGCCGCCGUUGGUAUCGUUGGCGAUGUGGUUAUCUACAGGUCGCCGCCUCCUCCGUCCGCUGCAGACUCGUCUCCAUCUCCGUCGCUGCAAACGUUCACUCACGAAGUGUAG